AUGACCGAAUAUGGAGCUUUUCUUGAGGACUUCCUCGAUGAGAGUGACAUGUCUCUAAUUGUACUAGAAAUGUCGAAUGCACAGCACCUUGUACAUGCAAGCUUUGCAUGCCAGCUUUGCAUGCCAGCUCUACAAAUCCAUAGUGAUAUUACCGACUGGCAUUGCUCAGCCUACAACAUACUCGCAAUCAUGAACAUGAUAAUUCGUCCAUUAUUUAAUAUAUCAUGGGAGGAUUUAUCCAUAAAAUUCAUUACGGGAUUUAGAGACUACUUGUCAUUUGUAGGAUGUCAACGAUCGUCAAACGAGCAACAAAUGGCAACAAAUAUUCAUCAUGCCUCGAAAUAA